AUGAAUAACACCCCGCACGUACUCAUAAUAGGCGGAUCUUUUGCUGGUAUCAAAGCAGCAGAAAUCUUGGUGGCCGCUGGACAUGCUGUAAAAGUUACAAUCAUCUCGCAAUCCACUCAUGCUUACUUUACUGUGGCAGCUCCAAGAGUUCUAGUCGAACCUCAGGUUGCGCAGCAGGUUUUUUUCGCCAUUGAAGACAAAGUUGCCAAGCUUGGAGAGGCUGUGUCUUUUACACAGGGUAGCGUGAACAAAGUCGAUACCCGCGCCAAGACUGUGAAGUUCAGGGACAGCACCGGAGCUGAAAAACUUGUCUCUUACGAUUUUUUGGUGGUGGCUUCGGGCUCCAAGGCCCAGUCUGCAGCUUUCAAGCUCGACGGUGACUACACACUUACCGAGAAAGUGCAACAAGAGCUACAAGCUUGUAUCAAGGCGUCCAAAGAAAUUGCUAUUCUUGGCGGUGGCCCCACCGCCGUCGAAACCGCAGGUGAAAUUGGCCAUACUUACGGAAAGGAGAAAAAUGUCACCUUGUACACUGGAUCGAAGGGCCCACUGACAGAAUGGAAUCCCAAGGUCACAGAUGACGCUGUUCAAAAAUUACAGGCCGUUCAUGUUAAAGUUGUCAACGGCAUCAAGUCCACCAGCGUACAGGAAACCCCAGACAAUAAACAUGAGGUUCAGUUCAGCGAUGGCUCUUCCAGGACUUUCGAUUUGACUAUUUCCGCGUACGGUAUCUACCCCAACUCCCAAUUUCUGGAUUCCGAACUUCUUGAUAGCCGCGGUUUCGUGAAAACCGACGAGUUUUUGGUGGUCAACGGAGCUCCCAAUGUUUUGGCCUUUGGCGAUAUCGUCUCUGGUCGACCAUGCACUGUUUUAGACAUUGACCAGGUUCAGGCCACAACAUUUACCGGUUCCGUUCAUUCGGUUAUUUUCGGGGUAUCUGGAAAAAAGAGGGCGAUCAAGAAACCAAAGGAUAUGGGUUUGGUUCCCAUCUCCAGAGACGGUGGCGUUGGCAUUAUUUUCGGAUGGAAAGCUCCUUCAUGGCUGGUAAGAAUGAUAAAGUCCAGAGAUUUUAUGAUUGGAAGGGGCGCCAAGGCUUUCGCUUAG